UAACUGGGCAAAUAUCCAACCACCCUUAAAUCUCAGGCCUUUCGAGAUUCGGUCUUUUAUAUUUCACCAGGCUCUCUUUCAAUCCCUCCCUCUGUUGGUUAGCCUGCUCUCUUCUUAAAUAGAUAGAAGAGACCAUGGCUUCCAACAUUGGCCAGGUGGUCCUUGUCAUGUCCAUCGCCUCGCUCCUACUCGCCUUAUUUCCUCAAGCAGAAUCGACCCCCGUCCCUGAGGCACUUGCACCUGUUGAUUCCAAGACCCAGAUGACCCGAUUCAUCAAUUCUGCCAUGAUUCUUGGAAUGCAGAAAACUAGAGAACAUCUUCAGGGCCUUGAGACGCAGGUGAAGCAUCCAGCUACCUCAAAACCAACGUAUGAUUGCUUAGAGACAUGCCAAGAUGUGUACGAAGCUGCCCUUGAUGACAUGAAGAACACCAUUGAAGACCUGGAAUCAGAUAACUAUUACAAGGUCAAUAUGGAUCUUACUUCAAUCUCUGCAAAUAUCGACACCUGCAACGUAUGUUACAGGGAGAUGGUAGGAGAAGAUCUUGAAGCUAAAAUCUUCAGCGAUUGGGCUACAGGGAUGACUAAUGAUUGCCUUGACAAGCUUGAGGCUGUCACCUCUUGAAUUAUCGAAUCCAUUCAAUAAUGAUAAAUGAUGGUCUGUGUUGAACUUUACAUUCUCCUCUCUACUUUCAAAAGCUGAAUUCAAUAGAAUUUUACUCAUGCAUAUGCCUUGGUAAGGUUAUGCAAACACUCU